GUGUUCGCGGCCUCACGUGACGUCACACCCCAUCGCCGGAUCUGUACUCCACCCGCAGGAGCAGCCAUGAUGCAAGAAGGGCUGGAUGAUGGUCCCGAUUUCCUCUCUGAAGAGGACAGAGGACCAAGGGCUGUUAAUGUGGACCUUCAGACCGAUGCUACGUUACAAGUGGACAUUUCCGAUGCUCUGAGUGAGAGAGACAAAGUGAAAUUCACCGUCCAUACAAAGAGCACUCUUCCCAACUUCAAGCAGAAUGAGUUCUCUGUGGUGAGACAACAUGAAGAGUUCAUCUGGCUUCAUGACUCCUUUGUGGAGAAUGAGGAAUAUGCUGGGUUUAUUAUCCCACCUGCUCCUCCGAGACCAGACUUUGAUGCCUCACGAGAGAAGCUGCAGAAGCUGGGUGAGGGUGAAGGCUCCAUGACCAAGGAGGAAUUCACUAAAAUGAAACAGGAACUUGAGGCCGAAUACUUGGCCAUCUUCAAGAAGACUGUGGCGAUGCACGAGGUCUUCCUCUGCCGUGUUGCUGCACAUCCUGUCCUACGGAAAGACUUAAACUUUCAUGUUUUCUUAGAGUACAACCAAGAUCUAAGUGUACGAGGCAAAAACAAGAAAGAGAAACUGGAGGACUUUUUCAAGAAUGUGGUGAAGUCUGCAGAUGGAGUACUAGUGGCAGGUGUGAAGGAUGUAGAUGACUUCUUUGAACACGAGAAGACAUUCCUCUUAGAGUACCAUAACCGCGUCAAGGAUGCCUCCAUCAAGUCUGACAGAAUGAUCAGGUCUCACAAAAGUGCUGCAGAAGACAUCAACAGAAUUGCCUCCACACUGUACGCUUUAGGGACCCAGGACUCAACGGACAUGUGCAAAUUUUUCUUGAAAGUGUCCGAGCUUUUUGAGAAAACGCGGAAAAUCGAAGCACGAGUUGCUGCUGAUGAGGACCUAAAACUUGCUGACUUGUUGAAGUAUUACCUCCGGGAGUCACAAGCUGCCAAGGACCUGCUCUACAGACGAGGAAGGGCAUUAGUUGAUUAUGAGAAUGCAAACAAAGCUCUGGACAAAGCCAGGGCUAAAAACAAAGAUGUCCUUCAGGCAGAAACCACCCAGCAGGUUUGCUGUCAGAAGUUUGAGAAAAUCUCAGAAUCGGCUAAACAAGAACUGGUAGAUUUCAAAACAAGAAGAGUAGCAGCCUUCAGAAAGAACUUGGUAGAACUUGCUGAGCUUGAACUCAAACAUGCUAAGGGUAAUCUCCAGCUGUUGCAAAGCUGCUUGGCCGUUCUAAAAGGGGACACUUAAGACCCUAAACUGAGGUUCACUAGGGCUUUCCCUGUUUGGUCCUGUCUUAUUGGGAGGAUGGAGGAGAAGAGAGCGUAUACUUGGGGUCUGUUUAUCAAGAAACAGUACGUAUCACUGUUUGUAUCACUACCUGAGACAUCAUACUCCCUCCACUACCCCCUUAAACUGACAUGGCCCACUGUGGAAGAUUCCCCAAGUCCACACAGCACAAGAAUCUACAACUUCAUCUAAUCAUGUCUUGUUACUUCUGAUUUUUUUUUUUUAAGUUUUUCAUGGGAGUCGCUACAUCAGCAUAUACACAGUGAUGUCUACUUGUUUUUCUAUCUCUUGUUCAUUUUUUUGCUUAUUGUAAUCUUUAGUUUGGAUAAUCCUUUUGUAUGGAUGAUGCUCAGUUGACUUGUUCAAAUCGAGCUAAUCAUAUAAUUAAACCGUAUGUUCACUCAAAGCCUUGUACAUGUUGUAUUAGUUUCCAUUGUACUGCUAUUGAUCAGCUUAAUCUGACUUUUUUUUUUAUCCUCCUAUCGCAAAUUCAAAUCAUUUAUUCUUUUUCAUUCCUGAUCGUUGUUUGCCUUAAUAUAUAUACACUAAUGUCAUAUUGUUAAAAUUUAAAACUGAAAACAUUUUCCCCCAGGCUUUUUUAGUGCACUGUAUAUGAAUGUGUAUUUUUCACAGUAUGUGACCAAAGCUUCCAUUUAUUCUGAUGGAGGAACGUUGACAGAAAUGGUAAUACAGAUGCUACAGUGGUGGACAUGAGAAAAAAACAAAUAAACUGUUUACCUUA